AUGAUUAAUACUAACGAACCAAAAGGAAAUUAUUAUAUUAUCGCCGACCAUUUGCGAACCACUAUUUUUGCUUUGGCGGAUGGAGCGGUCUUUGAACCGAAAGGCCGCGGUUAUAUUCUCAAAAAAUUAGUGAAAAAAGCCACUUUAUUAGGUUAUUUAUUGGGUCUAAAUAGUAAGCAAUUAGAAAAAAUUAGUGAAAAACUGAUUGAAGUUAAUUCCUCUUAUUGCACGUAUUUAAGCCAAAAAAAAGAAUUAAUAAUUAGCGAACUAACCAAAGAGAUAAAUAAGACCAUGGACUUUAUUAAUAAAUCAACCCAAGAAUUAGAUAAUUAUUAUUCACCGAAAAUUACCGCCCGAGAUAUAUUUUUUUACUAUGAUACCAAGGGAAUUCCCUUAGAAUUAAUUCGUUCCUAUUUGGAAAAUAAGAAAUAUAAUUUUCCCGAAACAGAAUUUGCUAAAUUAUUGACCGAGCAAAAAAAGAGAGGAUUGGAAGACAGGAACAAAAAAAAAUUAUCAGUUUUCUAG